UAGUCCGAUUUUUCGAUGAAAUUCACUAAAAUAUUGUAGUUUAUAUACGGGUCCAUGUACUUUGGUGUUUGUCAGAUAAUGACAUGUUGAAAAACCUCUGACAGCUAUUUCCAUAUUUUUCUUGACAAGUACUGCCGCUGUCAGUCUUUGUAGCUGUCGUCAUGGAAACAGAUUUUGUUUAUCAAUAUCCGUAUUCAAAAACCUCAAUUUUUGUUUUGUCGAUAUUUCCGACUUACGGCUUAGUCAGGGGUCUAGGAUAUAAUAAAAAUGUGUGAAACGAAAGCUAAAUUACUGGAAAAUCCUCGCGCUGCUUUAGAAGUUUAUAUAACUGGCUUACAAAGUGAGGCUAAAGCAGACCGAAAACAAGCGUUGGUGAAACUCAAUGAGGAAAUCUUUGAAAACCCAGCCAACAGUGACUGCGACCUAACUCUUAUCUUCCCUGAAGUCUACGCUUACGUCUUGAAAAGUUUCUCCGACCCUGCCGAGGGAUGUCGUGAGACCUCGGCUCUGAUUAUAUCGAAUUUCAUCGAAAAACUACCACUCAACGAUUAUUACUUGACGUACAUUCUACCGGUAAUCGUUCGCCGUAUAGGAUGUCCCGAAAUCGUUGAGGAAUCUGAAGAAAUACGCUUAGUGUUAAUUGAAUUGGUACACAAGAUAUUAGAAAAAUACAAAGUAACUUUCCUGCUGAGUCCUUUUAUCAAUGACUUCACGAAUAUACUUACUAAGACGGUUACUGAUCCGUUUCCAAAGGUGAAGCUUGAGGCCUGUGAAUGUAUUAUAAUGUUGACUAAGGUUCUUCAAAGAGACUUCCAUUUUCAAUGUGAGAGCUAUGUGAAGCCAGUGCUUUCCAAUUUUGCUCACCAACAUUUUAGAGUACGAGUGGCUGCUAUCAAAGCAAUAGGAGCAAUAGUCCUAGCUGGCAAUGGAAAGUGUUUUGAACUGUCCAUCAGUCCGAUGGCUGAGAAACUAUUUGAUGAAAACACUCAAGUGCGAAUGCAGGUCACACAGGAAGUUGGAAACUGGAUGAUGACUUAUAGAGAUAGAUAUUCCUUCUGGCAUCGCAUGUUGCCUGUAUUGCUUACUAGUCUUAGCGAUGCCAUGGAGGAAAUAAGGACUACCGCGACAACUCUAUGGGCGGAUAUUGGUCUCCAAUACAUGGAGGAAAAUGAGGAGGACCUGAAGAAGAAGGCAGAUUUCUUGAAAGACGUUCCCACUCAUUACCCUGAUGUGAAACGCCCUAACAUGGGAUGCAGAGUUCUGGCUCAGUCUAAUAUUGGGAAGAUAGUGCCAGCCAUUUGUCGAGAGAUGGACAGUUGGCAAGCAGAUGCUCGCCUCCGUAUUUCCCAGCUGUUGUGCUGGUUGAUCUUAUGUUCUGAAGAGGGAGCCACUCAACACGCUAACACUAUCAUAAAAGCCAUGCUUCGUGGGGCCACUGAUGAAGACCCCAGAAUCAUAUUAGAGAUAAAACGUGCUGCUGAGUUGUUUGGCUACUUUAUUUUGCCCAGCACUUGGUGGCCGCUUUUGGAGUCUGAAGUGGACUCGUGGGCCGCACUGCUCGUGAUCGCCAACAUCAUUAAAGGUUCCCGCCCUGAAUUGCUGCAGGAGAAAGUUCUUGAAGAGUUAUGUAGGGAAGCUGCUGACCCUGAUAGAUGCAGGACUAGGAAGCCGAAGUACCAAACAAAUCUUUUGCAUAUGUGUGAGGCCCUAUUGGAUGUAUGCGGCGAGGCGUGCACCAAUGUAGCAGACGACUUGUUCACUAUCAACUUUACAGUGUAUGCCAUGCCGGUAGAUAACCAGAUACAGUUUAUGGCUAUAUCAAAUCUGGACAAAUUGCGAUACGUGGAGAAAUGUGGCAAGACUCUGACUACUCUGUAUGAGAAGCACAUUGGUAAAGUCCUAGCGGGAAUAACGAGCGAUGCCCUCACUUGGACGAUGCUGACUCCAGAUCGGUGUCUGCUUGAAUGUGCACUGAUGAAUUCUGGAUCAGCAAUGGGCGCCCAGCUCCACCUCAUUGCACCACUCCUGAAGGAAUGCUUGGCAACCCCCAAGGUGGACCCAGAAGUGAAGCUGAAGAUCUUCACGACUCUCUCCACGGUGCUGUUGCGUAGAGAUGUCAACUUUAAAACUUGCGAUAACGAUAAAUUGGAAGCCUUCCUUAAGAUCGUUCUUGAAGAGGUGAUAAUGCCGAACCUGGUGUGGACUGCCGGUCGUACAGCGGAGGCCAUCCGCUCUGCCGCCGCGGCCUGCCUGUGCUCGGCCCUGCAGGACCACCCCGCCGAGCCCGCCGGCCCGCUGCCCGACUGCGGGGGGGACGGCGACACCGGGGAUAAGAAAGUGAAUUUAUUCCCAACUAAAGAGUCUUUGGAGCCAUUCUUGGAGAAAAUGGUGCCACUGCUAGUUGGCCUAGCCGAUGACAACUCCCCGCUGUCGCGCGAGCACACGAUGCGCGCGGUGUGUUGCCUGGCCGUGUUGGCUCGCCAGCGCGGCUGCUUCACCGGCGAGAUACUGCAUAAGCUGUACUUUGUGAUUCUGAAGCGUCUUGACGACAGUAGCGACAAAGUGCGUUCCUUCGCCGUGCACACUUUAGUAACGUUGUUCUGCAACCGGCCCGAGGAGUAUGACACCGUGUUGUAUGGAGCCCAUGUCGACGCGCUCUACAAUGCUAUGCUAGUACAUCUUGAUGAUGCAGAUGAAGCCUUCAGAAAAGAAAUGCUUGAGGCUCUUGUCAAGUUGAGUGACGUUGACCCACCACUUUUAAUGAAGAAAGUUAAGGCCAACAUCAAUCUCUACAGAAACAAGGCGGCCUACGAGCGAUUGUCUAGUCAUAUAGAAAAAAUAUUGAAAGGCUAGUAAUGCUGACCAAAUAGUUUUAGUUAAAAUUAUGAUACGAUUUUUGCACACGAGGAUUUCUGGAACCAAUUUUAGUAGGUAUUAUUAAUAAUGUCAAAUAAACGUCCAUUUUAACGUUAAACGUAAAGUUGUAUUCAAUUUUUGAGUUAUAAUGGACUUGAUGAUAUAGUAAGGAAUGCUGCGUGUUUUUAGUUUAAUUUAUGAAAAAUAGAAUAAACGAUAUUUAUUUAGU